GCGCGCGGGUCAGCUGACGCGGGCGGGUUUGAAGCGGCGCCGCGAGCGAGCCAGGCCGCGGCCACGGCGGGCUCGGACCCCGGCUGCCCCGCGGCGCCCGCCAGCGGCAUGGCAGCCCCCGCGGGCAGGCGCGGCUCAGAGACCGAGCGUCUCCUGAGCCCCAGCCCCGGGUAUGGGACCCACGCGGGGGCCUCGCCACCCCCGCUGACCCCUCCGGAGGAGGAAGACCUCCGCCGCCGUCUCAAAUACUUCUUCAUGAGCCCCUGUGACAAGUUCCGGGCCAAGGGUCGCAAGCCCUUCAAGCUGAUGCUGCAAGUGGUGAAGAUCCUGGUGGUCACUGUGCAGCUCAUCCUGUUCGGGCUCAGCAACCAGCUGGCGGUGACGUUCCGGGAGGAGAACACGGUGGCCUUCCGCCACCUCUUCCUGCUGGGCUACUCCGACGGGGUGGACGACACCUUCGCCGCCUACACGCGGGAGCAGCUCUACCAGGCGAUCUUCUAUGCCGUGGACCAGUACCUGUUGCUCCCUGACGUGUCCCUGGGCCGCUAUGCCUAUGUCCGGGGCGGGGGCGGCCCCGAGGCCAACGGCUCGGCCCUGGCCCUCUGCCAGCGGUACUACCACCGAGGCCACGUGGACCCGGCCAACGACACCUUUGACAUCGACCCGAUGGUCGUCACUGACUGCAUCCGGGUGGACCCCCCCGAGAGACCCCCAGUGCCCCCCAGUGACGAUCUCUUCCUCUCCGACGGCAGCGCCAGUUACAGGAACCUCACCCUCAAGUUCCACAAGCUGAUCAACGUCACCAUCCACUUCCAGCUGAAGACCAUCAACCUCCAGAGCUUGAUCAACAAUGAGAUCCCAGACUGCUACACCUUCACUGUGCUGAUCACCUUUGACAAUAAGGCGCACAGUGGGCGGGUCCCCAUCAGCCUGGAGACCCAGGCCCACAUCCAGGAGUGCAAGCACCCCAGCGUCUUCAGACAUGGAGACAACAGCUUCCGGCUCCUGUUUGACGUGGUGGUCAUCCUUACCUGCGCCCUCUCCUUCCUGCUGUGCGCCCGCUCACUGCUCCGCGGCUUCCUGCUGCAGAACGAGUUUGUCGGGUUCAUGUGGCGGCACCGGGGUCGGGUCAUCAGCCUGUGGGAACGGCUGGAAUUUGUCAACGGCUGGUACAUCCUGCUGGUCACCAGCGACGUGCUCACCAUCUCGGGCACCAUCAUGAAGAUCGGCAUCGAAGCCAAGAACCUGGCAAGCUAUGACAUCUGCAGCAUCCUCCUGGGCACCUCCACGCUGCUCGUCUGGGUCGGGGUCAUCCGCUACCUGACCUUCUUCCAUAAGUACAAUAUCCUCAUCGCCACGCUGCGGGUGGCCCUGCCCAGCGUGAUGCGCUUCUGCUGCUGCGUGGCUGUCAUCUACCUGGGCUAUUGUUUCUGCGGCUGGAUCGUGUUGGGGCCUUACCACGUGAAGUUCCGCUCGCUGUCCAUGGUGUCGGAGUGCCUGUUCUCGCUCAUCAACGGGGACGACAUGUUCGUGACCUUCGCGGCCAUGCAGGCGCAGCAGGGCCGCAGCAGCCUGGUGUGGCUCUUCUCCCAGCUCUAUCUGUACUCCUUCAUCAGCCUCUUCAUCUACAUGGUGCUGAGUCUCUUCAUUGCCCUCAUCACCGGCGCCUACGACACCAUCAAGGGAAACCGAGCCGAGGGGUUUCAGUGUCGCGCCGGAGGUCAGCUACCAAGCCGUGGAGCCCGGCUCAACCCAGCACUAUCCGAUUCCAGAAGCCCUCCCUCCUGCAGGGUGGCCUGGGCUGUUUGGGUCUGAGGAACGAACAGUGGUUGUCCCCGCAGGCUGCGGGGGUCAGAGGGAUGGACCGGUCAAGAGCAGAAUGUGGGAGUGGCGGGUAGACAGGAUGCUUUUAGCAAACGUGUCUGAGGGCUUCUGGUGCGCCAAGCCCUGUGCUGGGUGCCAGGCAGCUGGGAAACGACGUCCACGGUCUGUCCUGCUGUCCACGGUCUGUCCAAGGCUGCUGGGCAAGGUGGACGAUGCAUGAACGGAAAUAUGAUGUAUGAUGACCAACUGGUGAGAGGAGUGAAGGAAGUGUGGAAGCCUCCAGGGGAACCCCCUGCUUUAAACUGGUACUGGGGUGAGUCCAGGAAGGUUUCUAGAAUGUGCCGUCCCAUACUAGUCUCUAGCCACGGGUGACUGUUUCAGUUUUAACUGUAAUUGCAAGGAGAUACAAUUGCAAAUUCAGUUGUUCCCUCACACCAUCCACGUAUCAAGUACCGCAAAGCCAAUAUGGCCGGUGCCUACCAGAUGGCACAGCAUAGAUAUCAAACUUUUCCGUCAUCUCAGAAGGUUCCAUAUUGAAGAGAUGGAAGCCCAAGGGAGAGAGCAGCCAAAGGAAAGACUUAGUAGCGGGAAAGGACUUGGAGAGGAGAGAAUGGCUCCUCCAUGGGGGUAGGUUGUGGGGGGGUGGUGGCUGAAGUCCAGAACAUUCCCUGGGGCUGGGGAUGAACAUCUGCAUAGUCGCACUCCCCAUGCACGGAUCGAGCCAUCCUGCAGACACACUCCUGUCACUCAGGCCCGAGGAGCCCCCACGGUCUUAGUCCAGCACUUAAAUGUCACCCACAUGGAUCAGCCUGGGUGUACAAGCCCAGACCUUGCUCCUACUGUGUGCACCCAGCCACCUCAAUAGAUGGUUGUCACUCACCCAGCUUGUGUUAGGCACGGCUCCAGGUGCUGGAGCUGCAGCCAAGGGCACCAGCUGGCCAAGAUGUGGGCCGUGCACACACGCGUGGGCCAGGGAGUGGCUGUCUCCCUGUGAAGCAAGCCACGGGAACAACAGGUGGCAGGCACAAGCAAGUGCAAAGGCCCAGAGGUGGGAGCCUCGUUGGUCGAUGAGGAACAGCCAGGAGCCCCAGGUGGCUGGAGAGGUGGUGGAGGGGAGGGCAGACCUCAAGCGGCCCCCUUCAUGCUGGGCCACGCGCAUCUCUCCCCAGCACCCGGGCGGUGUGGGCACAGAGGUGAGCGAGCUCCAGGCCUACAUCGCGCAGUGCCACGACAGCCCCACCUCCGGCAAGUUCCGCCGCGGGAGCGGCUCAGCCUGCAGCCUGCUGUGCUGCUGCG